UUUUUAUAUUUUUUUCUCUCAACAGACAAGCCUGCCAUAGCGCCUCCGGUGUUUGUUUUUCAAAAAGAUAAAACACAGAAGCGAUCUGCAGAGGGCUCAAGUGCAGAGGAUGGAGAAGAUUCAGAUAAAGACGAGACAAACUACUUCCCUCCAGUGAAAAGGGAGAGGACUUCAUCAUUUCCGCCGUUACAGUCUGUUCCCAAGAACAAUGUAUUCAUGCCCCCCAGUUUCUGCCAGUCUCCCACUGGGAACUCGGACUCGGAGCCAGAGGAGAAGCCGGUCGGGUUCCGACUAAAGCCGCCAACUCUCAUACAUGGGCAAGCGCCCAGUUCAGGUGUGCCAAGUCAGAAACCGAAAGAGCAACAACGCAGUGUUCUGCGACCUGCAGUUCUUCAGGCACCACCUUCCAAAUCCCACACAGAGUCCAACUCCACUUGUGGAACCAACGGUGUGAAGAAGUCGUCAGACGACCCUUCAGUCCCUCUGUCCCUUUUCUUGAACAACACAGAGCACUCAGCCACCCCGAACACGUCACUGAAACAUGAAAAUGAGGACAAAGGCCCUAGUGACGUUAAAGAUGAAGGAGGAAGCGAGAAAGAGGAAGGAGAUGUAGCAAAUUCUUUCGUAUUUGGUCAGAAUAUCAAAGACAGAGCAAAGUUGGACCAGAACAGCACAGAAGAAGAAAAAACGGAAAAAAAGGACCACCUUCCAGGAGACACUCAAUCAGAGGGAACAAAUUAUUUCUUGCAGUACAUCUCAACCCCAAGUUCAAAUAAUGCUACAAAUAGUUCAGAAAGUGGGGCGAAAUUUGUGUUUGGGCAAAACAUGUCUGAACGGGUUUUGAGUCCUCCCAAGGGUGAGACCGCCAAUGAAGAAAGUAAAGAGGUUUCAGAGGGUUCAGAGCCCCCUACACAGGAGGCCACCCCAGAGAAGGGCGUGAACUGUGUGUCAGAGUCUUUGGAGGAGUCUGCCGCUGCCUACACCAAAGCCACAGCCAAGAAGUGCAUUUUAGAGAAAGUGGAAGUAAAAACUGGCGAAGAAUCAGAAAGCAAUGUUUUACAGAUGCAGUGCAAGUUGUAUGUCUUCGAAAAGACGGCGCAGUCAUGGAUAGAGCGAGGGCGGGGUUUACUGAGGCUUAAUGACAUGGCCUCGACGGACGAUGGCACGUUACAGUCGCGUCUAGUGAUGAGGACCCAGGGUAGCCUCCGGUUGAUCCUCAAUACUAAACUUUGGCCCCAGAUGCAGGUGGACAAGGCAAGCGAUAAGAGUGUACGGGUCACUGCCACGGACACAGAAGACCAGGGGGUCAAGGUCUUCCUAAUAUCGGGUAGCUCAAAGGAUGUGGGUCAGCUGGCAGCAGCUUUGCAUCACCGGAUCUUGGCCUUAAAGAGCCGGGUGGAGCAGGAGCCCGAAGCCCCCGUGCCGACCAUUCCCGAGGCCGAGGUGCCGCAGUCCAACGAAGAUGACAGCGAUGAGGAAGGCGGCGCCUCUGCUUCGGCUUCCACUCCUGCAACGACUAACUCAGAGGGAGGAGAGAACCAGGCUGCAGGAACUACAUAG